CCAGCUUCUGGGAGUACGGCGCCGGCGCCGUUUGCCGAGGUCCCGGUGCUCUCGGUGGGAGACUCGUCGUCGAGUUGUCCUUUCACGAGCUCUGCGAAGACCUUUGAGGUUUGUCAGAAAGAACAGUCGAGAUGGCGUCUCAAAUAAAUAACACGACACUCAAGAUUCUUCAGGACAUCGUAAAAAUCAUUACCGAGGAAAACGUCCUUGAACCACCCGAAAAUCAUCCCGUUGUUGAGUUUCUUCAACCUGAAGAAUUGAAGAAUGAGCUGUCCGUGGAUCUUGGCGAGAAUGGAGCGAGUCACGACGACCUGGACAAGGUACUCAGACAGAUUGCCCGCUACUCAGUGAAGACUUCGCACCCAAAUUUCCACAAUCAGCUCUAUGGCGGGGUGGAUUCGUACGGCUUGGCCGGAGCUUGGCUGACCGAAGCCCUAAAUUCCAGCCAGUACACCUUCGAGGUGGCUCCGGUCUUCACUCUUCUUGAAUGCGAAGUUCUCAGAAUAGCUUUGGCACUCUUCGGGUACCCGGAGCAUCCCGAGGGCGAUGGGAUCCUGUGUCCAGGCGGCAGCACCGCCAACAUGUAUGGGAUGGUCUUAGCUCGGUACAAAAAGCUGCCGGAGGUGAAGACCAAGGGUUUGAGUGGGUACCCACCUCUCGCUUGUUUCACAAGCCAGGCUGCACAUUACUCCAUAAAAAAAGGGACCCAUUGGCUGGGUCUGGGAACCGAAAGCGUCUACCAGGUAAAAACAGACGACAGGGACCGCAUGCUUCCGGGAGAAUUGAAGAAAGCCAUUGAGCAGGCCAAAAAAGAUGGAAAGCUGCCUUUCUUCGUCAAUGCAACGGCAGGUACAACCGUGUUGGGCUCGAUUGACCCGUUGAAUGAAAUCGCUGAGAUCUGCAAGGCAGAGAACGUCUGGAUGCACGUUGACGCCUGCUUAGGAGGGACUCUUCUUCUGUCUGGGGAACAUCGGGACCGACUGAACGGCGUGCAGAUGUCAGACUCGGUUUCGUGGAAUCCACACAAGCUGCUAGGCGCCCCACUGCAAUGUUCGUUGUUCCUAGUGAAGGGCGAGGGUUCUUUGCACAAGGCGAACAGCGCGGCAGCGAAUUACCUUUUUCAGCAAGACAAGUUCUACGACGUCUCCUGGGACACCGGAGACAAGAGCGUUCAAUGCGGUCGUAAGGUUGACGCCCUCAAGUUGUGGCUGAUGUGGAAAGCCAGAGGCACCAGUGGACUCAGAAGAGUUGUGGACCAUGCGGUUGCGGCGGCCAAGUACUUCCAAAACCAGAUAGCAAGUCGUCAUGGAUUCCGCCUUGUCAUCCCCGAGGCAGAGUGCAGCAGCGUUUGCUUUUGGUACAUUCCUCCGAGCAUGAGAGGCCUAGAGGAGACGGAUGAAUGGCGAGAAAAGCUCUACAAGGUGGCACCGAAGAUUAAGGAACGGAUGGUGAUGGAUGGUUCAUUGAUGCUUGGAUAUACUCCUCUGAGUCACAAGGGUCUUGGUAAUUUUUUCAGGAUGGUCGUCACUUGUAGUCCUGAAGCCAAAAAAUCUUCCAUGAAUUUUGUGAUAGAACAAAUAGAGAAGUUCGGUCAAGAUUUAUGAUAUUUAGUAAAGUUAUUGUUUUUCUCCCCUUAUAUAUGCGGGAAGCAUAGUUGAGAUUAAGUAAUUAUUGUAUACAUGUGUUUGUAGCUUGGAAAAUGUCCUAUAGGAUUACGAAUGAAUUAUAAUUAAAUACAUGGUGAUGAUUGAAAUGGAAAAUAAAAGUACGAUUAUUACAUGAAAAAUAAAGUCGUAAUAAAAACUUCGUACAUAUAAUUAGGUAUGUGUAAACGGCUAAUACAGUUGGUAAGUAUAUAUCUUAAAGGUAAUUAUGAAGGUUUAUAAAGUUAAAUUGUGGCACGUGUGUAAAUCUUCGCAAACAUAGCGUAUAAAUCAAAUAACUCGUAACGUUUAUAUGUAUAGUAUGUCAUAACAUAAAAUGCUUCGUAUAUAGACGUACGAGGUGAACGUGAAACGGGUGAUAUUAGAUAUCACACGAAUCACAUAAAAAUGUCUAUUUACGUAUUAACGCGGGAUUGAUUCGAGGAUAUUUCAUAGGAUUAUUGAGAUUUUCCGUUAUACUCUACGUACCAUAUUCACCGUUAUGUUAACGCAUGUAUGUACUGUGUAAUUAUUAACUUACGGUGGUAAAAAUCAAUAACUGAUCGGUCACUACGACGCAAUUACUUGUUUAGUACAAUCAAUAAGUGACUCAAUAUGAGUCAUAUCUCAUCUUUCAUGAGUCCGCAAAAUAUACUUGUACGUAUAUGCAUUAUAUCUGGAACACUAAUAAUACCUUAAUCAAUUAUUUAUGCAAUAUAAUAAUAAUAUAUAUAUAUAUAUACCUAUCGACUUAAGGCACCAUUCAAUUCAUUCGCUUGUAUAUUCCUUACGUCAAAAUGCAUAAUGCGGCACGUCAUACUGUCUUAAAAAAUAACUAAUCACUAAGCGUAUAUAUACACAUAAAAUCCAAAGAUGGCACUAAAAUGUCACAUUUCAAUA